AGUUCACGUUACGGAGUGCUUAUAAUGGCGCAGUUCCAGUUUCUAAGACCCCUAGAGAAAAUAUUGGUCAAGCAUUCGGGAAUAGGAAAGGCAAGUGUUUGGCACGCCGUGAUCGUGACCUUUACGCACUACUUUGCCUGGGGUCUACUGAUAGUGCCCUUCAUCGAGAAACUCUCGGUAUCCUUUGGAAAUCGCGUCCUUCUCGUCGAUGGGUUGGUCUAUGGAGUCCGUGGAAUCCUGGGAUUUGUCACCACGCCUGUGAUGGGCGCCAUUUCGGAUUUUCGGGGUCGCAAAGUGGUGAUGCUGUUAGCUGUGGCCACUACCUUUUCACCGAUUCCAUUCAUGAUGAUGAAGAGCUGGUGGUUCUUCGCCAUACUCACCGUUAGCUCCGUUUGUGGCAGCACUUACUCCUCGUCCUUGGCCUAUGUGGCGGAUGUCACCAGUUUGGAGAAUAGAUCGAAUGGAUAUGGUAUUUUGGCGGCCAGCUUUGGUGCUAGCAUAGCUUUUUCCCCGCUUCUGGGCAAUUUCCUGAUGAUGUCCUAUGGAUCGGCAGCAGUGAUUUUGAUUGCGACCAUCAUUGGCCUGAUGAACAUCCUUUUUAUCAUUUUCGGAGUUCCGGAAAGUCGAGUUUUCAAAGAAAAUAGCUUCGUCUUGGAGGAAAGAUAUGACAAAGAAGAUUGGAACGAGUUACUUGAAGAAGAGGAGGAUGGGGAGAUAACCAUAAACCUUAAGGAGAGGAAACAGAUCUUAAACGGUGAGAUCUUGAAAAAUAAACCGAUCCUUGUGAUAAAGGAAGAAGAACUUACUGAAAAGGAAAUAAACGAUAGUACCAAUAGAAAAACCUCGGAUCUCUGGCAAGUUCUAAGUGAAAGUCGUAAGGAUAAAAAUUUACUAGUUAUAUACCUCAUAUCAUUCCUAUCGAUAUCUGCCUUCAACGGCGUAGACUCCACUGCGCCGGUUUAUUUGAAAACCAAUAUGGGAUUCGAGUACGAAGAGGUAUCCCUGUUGUUGGGAUUGCUAUCCUUGCUAGGGAUCACAUCGAAUCUUCUUUUGGGCUACAUUAUGAAGCUAGUUGGAGCGAAGGGAUCGAUCCGUUUGGGCCUGUUCCUCCUGCUAUCGCAACUGCUUUGCUUUGGAUUCGGAAAACGUCAUUGGAUCUUCUGGAUGAGCAGCAUAUUGGCCGCCAUGGCAACCAUUAUUCCGGCUGCCAACAAUGCGGUGGCUUCGAUUUACGCCAGUCCCGAACAUCAGGGCGCUGUCCUUGGCAUUCUCUCGGGGAUCGAGUGCUUGAGCGAGGGUCUGGGACCCGCCAUCUUCGGAGUGCUCUUCUACCUCUUUCAGGAGGAUUCGAGGGAUUCUCAACCACUGAAAUCACCCAUCUCAGCACCUUUUGUUCUAAGCGCCAUCGGGGUAAUUGUGGCCAUCCUUCUGACCAGUUUAAUUAAAAAGGAGACUCUCGAAAAGGAAGAAAAUGAAGGAACCGCGGAUGAGGAUGAACUGGAACCGCUAACGAAAAUCGUCUAUAAGGGCGAGAAAAAUGAUGGCUAUGUAAAACUAGAGAUAGAUGACUAAUACGAUUCGGACUGUAAAGAGCGUAGCUUUAAAUAAAUGUUAUUAAAUUAAUUUAAAAA